AUGAAUUACGAUUAUAUGUUUGUGUACGUAAAUGGCGAGAAAAUGGGACUUCUUGAGGAUGGAAGGCUUGCGCUUUAUCAACGCUUUCCCGUGGGGUCGGUGCUGUAUGACCCCAGUGAGUUGCCCCCUCGUGAGGUGCCUAUUUCGGCUGAUGCGGCGGAAUAUGGCGUUACAGCCUGUAAAUUGAUUCCAUAUGGCCACUACGAGGCGUACAUACCUGAACCCGCCACAGGUGAUUUGCAUCCAAUGACAGGUGAAAACGUCUGUGUCUACGUGACGAAUCUUCCACCAAACACAACGGCAGAGAUGCUGGGACGAUACUUUGAAGCGUUUGACAUGGUUGCGGAGGCGGAUGUUUUUACAGCUCCUUCGGGUGAAUGCACCGGAAGGGGUUGGGUGGUUUUUCAGGACCCUUCAAAACUUCUGAUGGUUCCUCCUGUGCUGGAGUUUUUUCCCCGUCUGUUCAUUUAUACUUCUCUCAGCGACAAAAUUCCCACGCGAACGACACUACAACUUUCUUCUGUCCCAGAGACAUUGGUCACUGGAACGGACAUUGCUUCCUUUUCCGAACCGACGCUCAACCACAAUCGCGGUGGGAAUCAUAGAAGAAUGAAUGGCAAGGCAUCUGGAAAUUUUUUGAAAAUUUCAACUGCAGCGAAUGCGGGUGUUAUAAAUACAAGUGCCUAUUAUUUUGUCGCCCUAAUUCGAAGGGAUGAAGUGGAAAAAUCCGUGGAAGAAGGUGUUUUCUGGACUAAUCCAGCGAAUAGACGUGCUUUUUAUGCAACGCUAGAGAGAGGACCUGUGAUCAUUAUUUUUUUGCUGCAAGAGUACCCGGUCAUAUUUGGAUAUGCGCGUUUGCUUCCAGACGGAAGUGCUGACAAGAAUGGUUUUUCUUCCUGUACCGUAGAAUGGAUGAAGCACCAUGUGUUCCUGAAGGAACAAGAGAUGAGAAACAUUCCAAGCGUUCCAAUUUCUAAAAUGGGUGAUGGUGUCCCUUUAAAACCCGAAAUAGGUGAGAGUAUAUGCCAUUUAGCAGAGCAGCACCCAACACAUUCCACUAUACCAGAAAGGUUGGGUCAAUCGUUACCCAACAACGGUCGGCAUGUGGGGCGUGGGGGCGGUGUUGUUAUUAGCGGCAACGGAAACGUGGGCGGCUUUAAUAGUGUGGGCGGUGGGGGUCUUUUCCAUUCAAUUGGCGAUAGAGGAACAUUACGGUCAGGCAUUGGAAUAACGUCGCUGCCACAGCCACUGGGGACACGUCCAGCCACAAGAGGAGGUCAUAUAAUGAACAAUAGAAUCCCCCAACGACGACGUCCAUACAAUGACAACUCUAACACCUACGUAGGGUAUGGUGGUAGUGCUGUACCUCCGCGAAAACUGUAG